CGUUGAUCUCUAAUUAUUCUCUUUCUUCUAGAAGCACUCGACUCGACAAUAUACUCUGAGUGACAUCGGUCGGCUUUGGUGCUCCUCGGACCAACCAAACAUAGUCUCGAGUCUCCGAUGCUUUAUAUUUUGCCGCCAUGCAUCUUCAAGCACUAUGACCCUGCUUGACAUCACGCUUACACUGCUGAACGCAAAAGGCCACGGCUAUGUCCCAUCCUACGCCUCCUUCUCUUGAUACAUAACCAUACAGAGAUCUUUUCAUGCUUCCUUCUCCAUGUCUAGAGUCCCUUUAUUUGCUCGUCAACUUCUUUUCAACCUCCGAAACAACAUCGCAAAUAUGUCCAAGCCAAUGACCAAUAACGCUUCCCUUUCCGUUACCACUCAAAUCUCUCAAAAGGACCAUCCAGCGAAAUUAUCGCAGUACUCUGGCCUCGAACACACAAUAGCUGCUGUCAAAUUCCCAUCCAUUGUCAAGCCGUUCAACCUCAAAGUCCAGGAUGGCAUUGAUGGCACAGUCCCAGCAUUCCUACACUUGCCUGAGAACUAUCAAAAUCAACAAAGUACAGCAGCAAUCCUUCUCUCUGGAGCCGGCGGCGGUGUAGUAGGCCCUUCAAGCAUCUACCUCAGUAUGGCACAUAAGCUAGCCUCUUUACAACAAGGUCUUCCUGUUCUUCGCAUGGACUAUCGUUUCCCAGCUCGAAACAAGUACUGUGUUCCCGAUGUACUGGCAGCCAUGAAUUAUCUACAGACUGAGCAUAACAUCAGUCGCUUUGUACUAGUUGGCUGGUCCUUUGGCGGCGCUCCCGUGUUCACAGUCGGUGGUCAAGACUCGAGAGUCGUGGGCUGUGCCACUGUAGCGUCUCAGACUGCCGAGACAGAAGGCAUCAGAGCAGUAGGAAGGAGAGGUGUUCCGGUACUGUUGUUACAUGGCACUGGUGAUCGUACACUGAGCCAUCAGUGCAGUGAAAGGCUGUACAGCAUGUAUGGGUCAAAGGGCGACAGAAAGGUGCACUACUUCGAAGGCGAUGAUCAUGCUCUCACCAUGAAUAGUGCAAAUGCCGAGAGAAUGAUGUGUGAGUUCAUUGCAAGCAUCGCUGGUGUCAAGAUGGGAAAUGCAGAGAAGGAGAUUGUUGGUAAGACUUUGGUUGAUGACAGUGACAAGAUCGAGAAGAUGAGAAGCGGCGGCGAUCUGAGAGGUCUGGAAAGCGUCGAGUGAAAUUGGAAUCCGGCUAUAUUUUACGUGGAUACAAAGACUUAGCAAUAGAUAUAGACCAAGCCCUCACAGUCUGAAUGUCUCUGCAAAAAAUAAUAAAGUUGCGGGACGAUUUUGUCAGAGGCGUAUGUCUGGAGAGAGCACGAAGGGGUAUCCGCUCCCUGAACAUGUACUCAAUCAUUGAAAACGUGUCGUCUUUUGAUAGCCGGCUACA